AUGAAAGAGGAGCACAGAGCUGGCUUUGUGGAUGAUAAAUAUAAUUUGCUGAACGAAGCAGAGGAUCCUGAUUUGGUAUUUUUCAACUACCAUGAAUUUCUAGCACCGAUCCAACAGCGGUCACAACCAUCCUUAGUAAUAAACCACUUCCCCAAUUACUAUGCAGAUAGAUCGACCAGCACAUUUUACAAAACAAGGAUAGUGAAGAUACCGAGACUUUAUGAUACUACUCCAUAUUCGGAUUUAAUACCGAGGUUUUCUACAGUAUACCCUGGCCGGGAGCAAGGUGCCAUCAAAGUAGACGGGGAAUCAAGUGUAGCAACUGGCUUGUACGACGGCAACGUAUUUGGAACUACAUCUGAAAUCGUUGGAUUCGAGGAUAUAUUACUGGAGGAGGAGCUUCUUGGUAUUGUCAACACGAUUAAUCGGAUUUUGUACAGCGCGUUUUACCCUUUUCAAGUUGCAACUUUGAUAGAGAAUAUCUUAGAGGUACUAACUGGUGGCCUAUUUAUCCAAAUAUUGAAUUUAUUCAACGUAUGUACCCACACAAAGCGAAAAGUAUUGGAGUUGGAACAGUUUGUCGAAAAUAUCAAUGACAAGUUGCAAACAAAAGAUGUAGCGAUAAUAUCACCUCGAAAAACGGGAUAUCUUUCCCUUUGCGAUCUUCAAGAACUAUUCACAAAAUCCAAAGCAUUUGCUCCUGAUUUAAAAGCAAUGAAGGAGAAAGUCUUGUAUGAUCUAAGUCGAGAUAAAAAGUGGAAAAGCCGUGCACAGAAGAAGGCCAACAGUACUAAAAUAAAAAUCGGGCAUGGUGGAACCUUGGAUCCCAUGGCUAGUGGAGUCUUGGUUGUUGGUGUUGGAUUGGGCACAAAGAAAUUACAGUACUAUUUAUCCGAAUGUCAAAAGACAUAUGAGACAAAGGCUUUAUUAGGUAUAUCAACCACUACUGGGGAUGCAGAAGGUGAGAUUAUAACUCAGACGAAGACCGACCAUAUUACUCCCGAAUUGGUUAAGCUGACUGUGGAAAAAUUUGUGGGAGAUAUCAAACAAACACCACCAAUUUUUUCAGCUUUAAAAGUGAAUGGAAAGCCGCUUUAUGAGUACGCCAGAAAAGGGUUACCGUUGCCAACACAGAUCAAAGUAAGAGAUGUUAGAGUUAAUGAUAUCAAGGUCAUCGAAGACGACUUGCUAUCAACUGAUCAUGAAUUUAAAAAGCUCGAAAGUGAAUUGGAUGAAAAUGGUGUGCCUAAAGAACACGGGUUGAUGAAUAACCCAACUUUGAACGACUCUCCAUUGUACUACUCCAAGGAAUACCUCGAAAAGAUGGACAGUCAUGAGGGAGACGUCAAGCCGAUGCUACAAGCAGGUGAUGAGCACCAUCCUGAAAAAUUACCAUUAAUCCAUUUCAUAUCAGACGUCUCUUCAGGUACGUACAUCAGAAGUUUGAUUAGCGAUAUUGGCAGAGCAUUGGCAUCGUCGGCUUACAUGGUUGAGCUUAUUAGGGUCAAGCAAUCGGAGUGGCAACUAGACAAAAAUGUGUUUAGAAUCGAAGAUUUUCAAAAGAGUGAAGAUGUAUGGGGCCCCAUCUUGAAAAAGGUAUUGGACCAAGGAGGAAAGGAUAUAGACUUAGCAGCUGAAUUUGCUGUUUUAGAUACACAACCCGACAAUACAAAAGAAGAUGGAAAAGGGGAUCUAUCAUCACCAGAAGCACCAAGAGGAGAAAAAAGAUUAAUUGAUGAAGUUGAAUAA